AUGAAUGAGAGCUUAGCCAGUCUUCUCCUCCUCACGUUGAUUCAUCUGCUUUCGCUUGUCUCAGCCUAUGAUUUCCUGUCAGCGGGUUCGUCUCUCUCCGUAGAGCACAGCUCUGAUGUGCUCCACUCGCCAGAUGGCACUUUCACCUGCGGCUUCUACAGCAUCUCUCCCAAUGCCUCCACCUUCUCCAUCUGGUUCUCCAGAUCAUCCAAAAGAACCAUCAUCUGGAGCGCGAAUCCUCUCCACCCUGUGUACACCUGGGGAUCCAGAGUCGAGUUAGAUGUCGACGGGAGCAUGGUUCUAAAAGAUUACAAUGGCCAGAUUGUGUGGACCAACAAUGUGAGCGCUUCGGAUGCUGGGCAUGUUCAAGCUCAGCUAUUGGGCACCGGGAACCUCGUUGUGAAGGGCAAAGAUAGUGCCAUCCUAUGGCAAAGCUUUGAUUCUCCUACUGAUACCUUGUUACCCACUCAGAGAAUUACUGCUCCUACAAAGCUGGUCUCUACUAACAGGUUACUUGUUCCUGGCCACUACAGCUUCCAUUUUGACGAUCAGUACCUUCUUUCUCUGUUUGAUGAUGAGAAAAAUAUUUCUUUUAUCUAUUGGCCAAAUCCAAGUAGGACUAUCUGGGAGAAGCUUAGAGUGCCAUUCAAUAGCAGUACAUCUGGGGCUCUUGAUACCUGGGGACAUUUCCUUGGAAGUGACAAUGCAACCUUCACAGCUGCUGAUUGGGGUCCUGGGAUCACGAGGCGGCUAACACUGGAUUAUGAUGGCAACCUCAGAUUAUACAGUCUGAAUAUGGAAGACAGAACAUGGUCGGUCACAUGGAUGGCCUUUCCUCAGCUUUGCAAAGUACGCGGUCUGUGUGGCGAAAACGGAAUAUGUGUGUAUACUCCUGUGCCAGCUUGUGCGUGUGCCCCUGGUUUUGAAGUCAUCGACCCAAGUGAGCAGAGCAAAGGCUGCAGACCAAAGACCAACAUCAGUUGUGAUGCACAGAUGGUGAAAUUUGCUAAGCUACCCCACACCGAUUUCUUUGGGUAUGAUAUGACUGCCCAUCAUUUUGUUUCUCUUGAUUUUUGCAAGAACAAGUGCCUGCAUGAUUGCAAUUGUAAGGGUUUUGCAUACUGGGAAGGAACUGGUGAUUGCUAUCCAAAGUCUGUUCUUCUUGGUGGUGUAACCCUGCAUAACCUUGGUAGUACUGGUACCAUGUACAUCAAGAUUCCUAAGGGAUUAGAAGUGUUGGAGGCCUCAAUUCCGCAAUCACAACCUUUUGGUCCCAAGUAUGGUCCUGACUGUAGUACAACAAAUAAAUACUUCAUAGCAGAUUUUCUGGAUAUGCUUAAGAGAGAUCAGAGUGAAUCAAAGUAUCUGUACUUCUAUGGAUUCUUAUCAGCAAUAUUUCUGGCAGAGCUAAUGUUUGUUGUAUUAGGAUGGUUUAUUUUGAGGAGGGAGUGCAGAGAACUGAGAGGAGUGUGGCCAGCUGAGCCUGGAUAUGAAAUGAUAACUAAUCAUUUUCGCAGGUACACCUACAGAGAGUUGGUGUCGGUGACGAGAAAGUUUAAGGAUGAACUUGGAAGGGGUGCGUCAGGCAUUGUAUACAAAGGUGUCUUGAAAGACAACAGGGCAGUAGCUGUGAAGAAGUUAGCAGAAAUAAACCAAACAAAGGUUGAUGUCUACAGCUUUGGAGUGGUGCUACUGGAACUACUAUUGGGAGCACGCGUCUCAAACAUGGAAAAUAAUGAGGAUGUGGAAGCGGAGAUGGUCCUUGGAAGGGUAUCAAGGCUGGUCAAAGAAAAGUUGCAGUUGGAUGAUAUUGAGCCAUCUUGGAUCGCCGACUUCGUUGACGCUAGGCUGAAUGGUGAAUUCAACAAUUUGCAAGCAAGAACAAUGAUGAGGUUGGCCAUUUCAUGCAUGGAGGAAGAUAGAGAUAGAAGACCAACCAUGGAAAAUGUGGUUCAGAUACUUGUUUUAGUAGAAGAUGUCAGUGGCACAAAUGUAAUGGCUAAAGCAGCAGAAAAACAUUGUUAG